CUAGCAACGAUUCAAUCUCAUGUCCAUGGCGUUUGCCUUCUUCCCCUUGAACCCUCCCUAUCUCCUCUCUCCCCCUCCCCUUCUCUUCCCCUCUUCCUCCUCCUCCUCCUCCUCCUCCUCGUUCGCGGCCAUUUAUGUAACCCAAAGAUCGAUUCUUCUCCGCUCCGAUCUCUGUUGUUCGGUAGCUCGUCUCUCGGCUGAGCGUAUCCGAUUCUCCCAUGAGGAAUCCCCGGAGGAGGAAGACCCACUCGAAGUCGAAAAAGCGGGGAAAGAUGUGAAAAACACGAGAAAGGAGAGGAAGAAAAGAAAUCUGAGGCCAAGUUUCAACGCCCAGACUCUUGAGCGAUGGUCCGUGAAGGUUUCCUCCUCGCGGUCCACUUUCCCCUGGCAGGAUCAAAAGAUCGAGAGUUCUCUGAACUUGGUUUCUUCGGGAACUCCCUUUGAUCAGUCUCUGGAUGACAUUGGGGCUCCCAUGAUGGAAUUUGGAGUUCCAGAUGAGAACUUUGAUGAGGAUGAGAAGUGUUCAGAUUCUUACCUAUCAGAUGACUCUUUUGAGAACUCUGUUGACGCAAUUCCUCCAAUGGCGAAUCAUAUCAUGGGAAUUCCUUUGGGCAUGCAGUCGAAGUUGGCUCCUUGGGCACACGGAGGUAAGCAUGGUGAAGAUGGUACGCGUUCUCGUUAUAAAAGUGAAGCUUUAGUAAAUAAUUUUGAGUUUGGCGAAGACAAGGUGAAGCCUAAAGAAACGAAUUUUGUGGAUGAUAAGGGUGUAAGAUCCAACUAUGGCGAUCCUAUAAUUGCCUCUCUCAAGGAAGAAUGCCCUAUCCUUUCUUCUGACAUGAAAGCUCGAAGCUGCCCAACAGUCACUGUUUCAUUUGGAGAAGAGAGAUUCAGUUCUCAGCAGGCUGAUUUAGACUCCAAAGUUGCUGGCAAGUCCUCAGUGAAAGAUGACGCGUUGAGUGGAGGAAGAGAUAAUUGUGUUGAGAGGUACAAAGACCCUAAGGCUUCAAGUUCCUCCAAUGUUGGUAUUGGUUUUUGUGUCUCUUCUGAAAACUCUGACUUGAAACUGGUGCCUAAUUCUAGGAAUAAUGACCUUAGCUUAGCCAGUUCAGUGCCUUUCCCAUGGGAAAGAGAAAUUGAUUCCAUGGAGGGUGAGCAGUUGCAAAGGAGCAACACUGAACUAGCAGAGAGAACUAUACCAGAGCCGGAACUGCAGAGACUGAGAAAUGUUGCUUUAAGAAUGAAAGAGAGGAUGACUGUUGGACCAGCAGGUGUGACUGAGGCUGUUGUGAAACACAUCCAUGAUAAAUGGAAGGAGGUAGAAGUCACUAAGUUAAGGUUCGAAGGCCCAGCCUGUCUGAACAUGAAGAGGACACAUGAAAUUUUAGAGAGGAAAACUGGAGGUGUGGUCAUUUGGAGAUCUGGAAGGUCAGUUGUGCUAUAUAGGGGAAUGACUUAUCAACUUCCUUGCAUCCAGACCUACUUGCAGCUUUCUGAUGCCAAUUCUUUCCAUAAUCCUUCAAUGGGAAACUGUUCCAAUCUUAUUGCUGGCAAUCAAGCAGAAUCUUGUGAAACUGAUUCUGCCACGAAUCAAAACCUGUCUAAAGGAUUUUCAUCAACAGCUUAUAUUGACAGAUUAUUGGAUCAGUUGGGGCCACGUUUCAAAGAUUGGUCAGGUCGUAAUCCAAUUCCAGUUGAUGCUGACUUGCUGCCUGGUCUAGUUCCCGGUUACAAACCACCUUUUAGACUUCUUCCUUAUAAGACCAGAACAUCUCUAAGAGAUGGAGAAAUGACGGUUUUGAGAAGGCUCGCUAGAACAAUGCCCCCUCACUUUGCUCUAGGAAGAAACAGGCAACACCAAGGCUUGGCUACUGCUAUUGUGAAGUUAUGGGAUAAAAGUUCCAUUGCAAAGAUAGCCAUCAAACGUGGCAUACCAAAUACGUCUAAUGAGAUAAUAGCUGAAGAAAUUAAGAAAUUGACAGGGGGAGUACUCCUUUCUAGGAACAAAGAGUAUAUUGUGUUCUAUAGGGGUAAUGAUUUCGUGACACCUUCAAUUAGAGAAGUUCUAGUAGAAAAAGAAAAGCUGGCAACCAUUAAACAGGACGAUGAAGAAGUAGCUCGGCUGAGAGCGUCAGCAUCAGUAGCUGAUGCCAAAAGUGAUAAGGGUUCAUUAGUUGCAGGUACACUUGCAGAAACUGUGGAAGCCAAACACCGAUGGGGAAAACCAUUAAACCCUGAGGAAAGAGAAAUGGCGAAGAAGAAUAUUGUUUUAUCUAAACAUGUAUCUCUAGUUCGAUAUCUUCAGAGAAAGCUAGUAUUCGUCAAAUUAAAGGUCAGGAAGGCAGAGAAAGCUUUGUCUAAGGUGCAGGAGUUCCUAGAGCCGGCAGAUCUUCCAACUGAUAUAGAGACUCUUACUGAUGAAGAGCGGGCUUUGUUCCGUACAACUGGUCUUAAAAUGAAGGGUGCUCUACUUCUCGGGAGAAGGGGGAUUUUUGGUGGCACUGUUGAAAACAUGCACUUGAAUUGGAAAAAUAACCAACUUGUCAAGAUUCUAGUGAAGGGAAAAAGCUUUCAACAAGUAAAGCACAUUGCGAUUUCUCUUGAGGCUGAGAGUGGUGGGGUGCUGAUUUCACUUGAUAACACUACCAAGGGCUAUGCAAUUGUCUUCUUUCGCGGCAAGAAUUAUCAGCGACCUCGAAUUAUAAGGCCCAAGCAUCUCUUAACAAGGAGACAGGCAUUAACACACUCCAUAGAGCUGCAGCGGCGUGAGGCCCUGCUUCAUCAUAUUUCCAAUCUGCAGGAUCAAAUUUGGAUGUUAAAAUCUCAAUUAGAUCAAAUGAAAGGCGAGGACAAUGCAAAUCAAGAUUUGAAUCUGCAAGAUGAUGAGGAUGAGGUGAAGGAUGAAGGGGAAUAAAGAAACCUAUCUAGAAACAUACAAAAGCGAAGGCGAGGAUGAUGAUGUUUCCCACUGACAUUACGGAUUGCCAGAAUACUUGUCGAGCAAUUAAAGGUAUCAUUCAUCAUUUGUCUCUUCCUUGGAGCAGCGAUUGAUCAACAACAUCGUCUGCGUUCUUGUUUUCCUCCAUCUUUAAAUUUUCGUGGGGCACCGGUCAUUCCAAGAAUAAUCAACGAGGUUAAUUGAGAUUAUAUUUUUUUUUAUUUCCUCCA